CGUCGAGGCAGCUGCAUCCAUCCUUCAUCACGAACCGCCACCACACCGCAACUCGCGUAACAAGUCCUCCACUGCCGGCGCACUUGCUACAAGAGCUGCCAGCAUGGCGCCGCAAAAGGACACCAUGUUCCGCUCGGCUGACAUGUCCUUGACGCAGCUCUACAUUGCCAACGAGAUCGGGCGCGAAGUUGUUUCCGCUCUUGGAGAGCUCGGCAUCAUGGACUUCAGAGAUCUCAACGCGGAGACGACCGCCUUCCAACGUACCUUCACGCAAGAGAUCCGCCGGCUGGACAACGUAGAGCGCCAGCUACGCUACUUCCGAGGACAAAUGGACAAGUCUAGCAUCCCGAUGCGGUCGAUUUACGACUUCGAUAACCCGUUCACCUCGCCUUCCGCCUCUGAGAUCGACGAGCUUGCCGACAAGAGCCACCAGCUCGAAGACAGGAUCUCUUCACUGAAUGAGAGCUAUGAGACUUUGAAGAAGCGCGAGGUGGAGCUUACAGAGUGGCGUUGGGUUCUAAGGGAGGCUGGCGGGUUUUUUGACAGGGCCCGCGGACAAACCGAGGAGAUCCGCCACUCGCUCGAUGACGACGAUGCCCCUUUGCUGCAGGAUGUUGAACAGAACGGACAGGGAGACACUGGUGCGGAUCGUUCUUUCUCCGUCAUGAACAUUGGGUUCGUUGCUGGUGUUAUCCCUCGCGAGCGCAUUGCGGCCUUUGAAAGGAUCCUGUGGAGAACGCUCCGCGGUAACUUGUACAUGAACCAGUCUGAGAUUCCGGAGCCGAUUGUCAACCCUGAGACCAACGAAGAGUCGAACAAGAACGUUUUCAUAAUCUUCGCCCACGGCAAGGAGAUCAUCGCCAAGAUCCGCAAAAUUUCCGAGUCCAUGGGUGCCGAUCUGUACAGCGUCGACGAAAACAGCGAACUGCGCCGUGAUCAGAUCCGCGAAGUCAACGAGCGUCUGAGCGACCUGGCCAGUGUUCUAAGGAACACCAAAUCGACCUUGGAUGCGGAAUUAACAGCCAUCGGGCGUAACCUUGCGGCCUGGAUGGUUGUUGUAAAGAAAGAGAAGGGCACGUAUGAGACACUGAACAAGUUCUCGUAUGACCACCAGAGGAAGACGCUCAUUGCUGAAGCCUGGGCUCCCACCAGCUCCCUGGGUCUAGUCAAGUCCACCCUUCAAGAUGUCAACGAUCGGGCUGGGCUCUCUGUUCCCACUAUUGUCAACCAGGUGAAGACCUCGAAGACCCCACCGACAUACUUUAAAACGAACCGCUUCACACUGGCUUUCCAGACUAUUAUCGACGCAUACGGAACGAUCAAGUACCGCGAAGUCAACCCGGCUCUCCCUGCCAUCGUUACCUUCCCCUUCAUGUUCGCAGUGAUGUUCGGUGAUGCCGGUCACGGUAUCAUCCUUCUUUCUGCUGCUCUUGCUAUGAUCUAUUAUGAACGUAAGCUGCAGCGUAGCAAGCUGGACGAAUUGUUCUCCAUGAUUUUCUACGGUCGUUACAUCGUCCUCAUGAUGGGUAUCUUCUCCAUUUACACUGGUCUCCUCUACUGCGAUGUCUUCUCGAAGGAGCUGCCCUGGUUCAAAUCGAUGUGGGAGUGGGAGACGGACGGCAAGACUCUUGGACCGCGAGCAACCCGAGUGGAAGGCCACACAUAUCCCUUCGGACUGGACUGGAGAUGGCACGAAACCGACAACGAUCUGCUUUUUUCAAACAGUUACAAGAUGAAGCUCAGUAUUCUUCUUGGUUGGUGCCACAUGACCUUCUCCCUGAUGUGGUCGCUCGUCAACGCCCGCUACUUCAAGACGCCUAUCGACAUCUGGGGCAACUUCGUUCCUGGCAUGAUCUUCUUCCAGUCUAUCUUCGGAUACCUUUCCUUCACCAUCGUUUACAAAUGGUCGGUUGAUUGGGCAGCCCGUGGCAGCGAUCCACCCAGUCUUUUGAACAUGUUGAUCUACAUGUUCCUCAAGCCCGGCGAUCUUGGCCAGGAUCCUCUCUUCCCACAUCAGAUCAUCAUCCAGAAGUUGCUUGUGGUCAUGGCUUUGAGCUGCGUUCCUAUUCUGCUGUUCCUGAAGCCUUUCUACCUCAGAUGGGAGCACAACAAGGCUCGUGCCCUGGGAUACCGUGGCAUUGGCGAGAGCACUCGUGUUAGUGCUCUUGACGAUGAUGAUGAAGAGGAGAGUCGUACACUUAACGGUGGACGCGAGAGCUUCGGCGACGAUGAAGACGGCAUUGCUAUGAUCACACAAGACAUUGGUCACGGCGAAGAGCACGAAGAAUUCGAGUUUUCCGAGAUCAUGAUCCACCAGGUCAUCCACACUAUCGAAUUCUGCCUCAACUGCGUCUCCCACACUGCUUCGUACCUACGUCUCUGGGCUCUCUCGCUUGCGCAUCAGCGUCUCUCCAUUGUGCUCUGGGAAAUGACCAUGAAGAAUGCAUUCGCCUUCACUGGUAUUGGCGGAGCCAUUAUCAUGGUCGUCGUCUUCUACAUGUGGUUCAUGCUCACAGUUGCUGUGCUCUGCGUGAUGGAGGGCACGAGUGCCAUGUUGCACUCCCUCCGUCUGCACUGGGUCGAAGCGAUGAGCAAGCAUUUCAUCGGUGACGGUAUUGCCUUUGAGCCUUUCAGCUUUGAGAAGCUACUCGAGGAAGAUCCGGUUGAGUAGCUCUAGAUUUCUUUCUGUUUUGUUUUCGCAUAUUGUAGGAUAGCAAGGGGCGCAGCGCACGCACGCAGCCUAGGCUAUGUGUCACUGUGGCGACGCUUUGCCUUGUAUAUAACAACAAUUGUACACGGACGUUGAU